AUGUCUACUACUGAGUGGGCGAAACCCUUUAACUUGUUCCAUAGCCAAUAUUUUGACACAAGCCUGCGACCAGGGCUUCAACCAAUACCAGGUACCAGACCUCUAUCAUUGAGCGCUGCAGUACUGCCCCCGGCAAUUUAUUAUAUUGCUCUACUUCUCCUUGCUCCCGCGCCUCCGCAUUUCGUGGACACUUUUCCUGCGACUGUGGCGCGAAGCACGCUCGCAGUGGUCUCAUGUGUAUUCUUCAUCAGACUCUCGCUCUGCUACCAUGUUCCGCAGAGUAUUGGGCUGACUUAUCAACUUGGCCUGGUGUCACUGUACGGAGCAUGUCGAGUCGUUGACGCUUUCUUCAUCAGCCCUUAUGUCUUCGGGCAUAUCCCGAGAAGGGUACAUUAUCAACAUAAGAUCAGACCUAGCACCCCGGAGACAGAGGUUCGCUCUGGCUUGAGGGAGUGGACGAACGGUGGACUUACGGAUCCUUUCACGUUUGAUAUUCAAUUACAACUACGCCGUGAUAGGGGCGUGGUUGUCGCGGGAAACAGUCCCUCAUUGGCAGCACAUCAUUCGGCCAUGAAAGACAACCUGGCUGAUAAUGGUGCUUUAGAGCCAUCUUCCCGUGCUAGAUCGAUUUCUUUCGCGGCACUGCGCAGGUCAAUCAGUGGCCCCGAUCCUAACCCGGUGUACGAGAUUGCAAUGACGGAGAAAGGAUGGCCCGAAACACUUUCUGAUCGAGCAGCAUGGGCCCUCGAACUGGAGCUCAGCAUGCGAGGUGUCGGCUUCACCUGGACCACAACAGACGUCCGGCAUUCCAGGAAAACGUGGCUUCCUGGCGUCAGGAAUCGACUUCACAGUAUCCUUGUGCAUGCUCUUCCAGUACUCUUACUCAGUUGGGUAACUAUCAGAUCGGUCUAUACUCGUUUCCUUCUUGCUCCACGCAAUCAUACUGUGGGACCGACUCGAGAUCUCUUUGAUGAAAGAUUACCCAUCCAUGUUCAGCUAUGCCUAACUGCCGCACUUGGGGCAUUUCUUAUGUCCGCAUUUUCUCUGGGGCACUCCCUGUUUGCGAUAAUGCUUAGCCCGCUUGCGCCGUCACCCCUGGCUUUCUUCCCCCCACUGUACACGACUCGGAUCUGGAGGAUCACCUCAGUGCGGCAGUUCUGGUCUUUUGGCUGGCACCGCCUUUUCGGACGACUCUUCCUCGUCUACGGUGUAUGGCCUGGCCAGUGGACCGAAAGGAAGUUGACGGGAAAGGGCAAACACGAGUCUGCAGAUAUUGGUAAGGUGUUGGGCGGGUUUCUAUCCAGCGCAGUUGUCCAUAGUCUCUCAGUGAGAGCUGUCCUUGGAGGCAAUUGGUUCGAUGCUCUGGGAGAAGCACGAUUUUUUGCUCUGAAUGGUGCCGCGGUCAUAGUCGAAGAAACGGCAAUACGUUUCGUCCGCAGUUGGAGGAAGCGACAUGCAAUGGACGCUCACAUGUGGUAUGAUCCAUUGGUUAGUCGAGUCUGGUGGAUCGGGGUCAUUUUAUGGACUGGAAGAAACUUUGCCAGGGGUUGGGUGAAGGCAAACCUUGUUCGUGAAAUAGCGUUUAUGUAA